AAAAUCUGCACAUUUUAUUAGGCAGUUGUACAGUAUGUAUGGACCCACAGGCACAGCAGAUGGGGAGCUUUUUGGCAACAGCCUGAACAUAUUCAUGUUAAAAUCAGUUUCUUCAGUUGCGUCUGAAGUGUAUGCUGCAGAAACAGAGAGCCACAGCUGCUGCCAGCCACACAGCUCCACAUACAACACUAGAAAUGACAGUUGGUGCUGCUGGGAGCAUUUAGUCUGUUUUACACAUUUAUCAGGGAUAUUAACGGGGGAGCAGACAGAUCGCACAAUCAGUAAUCGGCUCUUGGGAUGUUUGUCGCACAGGCAGCAGUGGAGCAGUUGGCAGUGAAUGGGUUAAGCAGUAGGCAGUGCUGUGGGCCUCACAAUAUAGUGCAGCUGAGUGGAGCCGCAGCGAGGAGAUCCGGAUAGAGAUGUAACUGAGAGCGAUGAGAAGAAGAAGCACUGCUAAAGCGCACCACUGGCUGCUACAGUUCCUCUCCCCGACAGCAGCUCUUUCACCUACACUCUCUGCAGCUCCAGGGAUGCCGCUGCCUGCGACUGAGAUGCCACUGCCUGCGACUGAGAUGCCUAUGCUUCCCUCGCAGCACCAGUGAUACAAGGGAUACAACAGAUUCUGUGGCAGCCCAAGCCUUGCGAUUUCCAACGACAGCUCCGGGCAGACUUGCUGCUCGCUUUGCCUUCCACUCUCCAGCAGCUGCGUUUUCUUCUUCACUCUUCAGCCCUCUUGGAUCAAGCACGGCAUGUGCUCAGCAGGCAAAGCAAUGGAAAGGAAUUGCAGCGACUACUGUACAUUGCAGCUCAUGGCAAACUGCUAGGUGGCCACUAGUGACACAUGACAGUUGCAGUGUCUUCAUCCUGGAUGAAAGUGAAUGACGGUUUAUUUAACAAGGGGCUCCUAUGAGUGUUUUUAUACCCAGGGGCCUUUCCUUGGUGAAAACCGAGCAGUGUCAUUUCCAUUAAAGCGAUGCUUCCCACAAUUUCUGUUCAAGAGCUGAAAGCAACGGAAAUGAAAGAGAGCUGGGUCAGCUGAUCAGCUUUCAAACCACCUUCAGACUUUCAAUUUUCUCAAAAUGAUCUGUCCAUCAGUGGCGUCUCUAGGGCUCCCCUUUGGAACUGUCAUUGGCGAGAAGUAAAACAAAAUGAGAUGGAAACUGCAGCAACAUGAAAAGAACCUGAAUUUAUUUAUGCAGCACAGGCAUUUUUAGCAGAAAUCCAGUCUUAUCAUCCAAGAAAAUAUUCAUAUAGCAAAUUAUUUUCAUAUUUGACUUGGAGUUGUUUGUAAUAUGUUUAUGCGGAUAAUUAAAAAUAUACUGCAUUGCUUUGCAUAUAGUUGUAAUACCUUAAAUUGCCUGAAAUUCAAGCAAAGAUCAGCAAAAUAAAUAAAUGAUAUGUACAAGAUAUGGCCAAAAUAAUUGUGAAAUUCCAACGAUACUUUCGACGGAAGCCUGUACGAUUUUUUACUUUUAUAAUCCUUUAUUUAACUGCUGGCAGCGUGGUUUUUCUCCAUGCUAGUUUUGAAGGAGAACAAGUUGUAUCAGACAAUGACAGGACCUCAGUAGAAGGCACCAGCAAUGGGCCAAAUGUCCAAGAACUUGGAAUUGCACCAUUAAGCAGAGUAUUUAAAGAAGCUCCAGAGUCUCCAAGUACACAUAGGAGAUAUGGACCAUGGCUCAAAACCCCUGGAAAAGAACCAGAAAGAAUCAAACAAGGAGAAUUUGGAGGUAUAUGGAACAGGGCUUUAAAAGGCAGAAGCAUGAGAGAGCAAGAGGAAUGUAGAGCAAAGUAUAUUGGCUGUUACACGGAUGACACGAGGCAGCGAGCACUCCGUGGAGUGUCCUUUUUCGACUACAAGAAGAUGACAGUGUUCCGUUGCCAAGACAACUGUGCUGAACGUGGAUACAUGUUUGCUGGACUUGAAUUUGGAGCAGAAUGUUACUGUGGACACCGAAUCAAAGCACUAAACGUCAGUGAGUCAGAGUGUAACAUGGAAUGUAAGGGGGAGAAAGGCAACUUCUGUGGUGGAGUGAAUCGUCUUUCUAUAUACCGACUAGAGCUAACCCAGGAGUCUGCAAGGAGGUAUGGCAGUGCCAUUUUUCGUGGAUGUUUCCGGAGACCAGAUAAUAUAUCCUUGGCCCUCCCUGUGAGCAAUGUCAUGAAGAACAUGUCUGUGGACAAGUGUGUUGAUCUUUGCACAGAGAAGGAAUAUCCAUUGGCAGUUCUUGGAGGAACAGUCUGUCACUGUGCCUUUCCCACCACUUAUUUCACACUUCAUGAGCGGGAGGACGAGCAGCUGUGCUCUCAGAAAUGUAUUGGAGAAGAAUUCGAAAGCUGUGGCACAUCGGAUUACUUUAUAGUUUAUCAGACACAAGUCCAAGAUAACAGAUGCAUGGACAGAAGAUUUCUCCCAGCACGCUCUAAACAGCUUAUAGCCUUGGCAAGCUUUCCCGGAGCAGGAAACACGUGGGCGAGACAUUUAAUUGAACUUGCUACUGGUUUCUACACUGGCAGCUAUUACUUCGACGGAUCACUAUAUAACAAAGGAUUUAAAGGAGAAAGAGACCACUGGCGGAAUGGACGCACAGUUUGCAUUAAGACCCAUGAAAGUGGGAGGAAGGAGAUCGAAGCCUUUGACUCUGCAGUUUUGUUAAUCAGAAAUCCAUACAAAGCUUUGAUGGCUGAGUUUAACCGGAAAUACGGGGGACAUAUUGGGUUUGCGUCACAGGCUCACUGGAAAGGAAAAGAAUGGCCUGAAUUUGUAAAUAACUAUGCACCAUGGUGGGCGACCCACACACUGGACUGGCUGAAAUAUGGAAAGAAUGUGUUAGUUGUACAUUUUGAAGACCUCAAAAAAGACUUAUUUAUUCAGCUGAAGAGAAUGAUUAACGUUCUGGGUUUACCCAUCCUAGCAGAUCGACUACUGUGUGUUGAAGGCCAAAAAGAUGGGAACUUCAAGCGCUCUGGUCUGAGGAAAUUGGAGUAUGAUCCCUACACAGAGGACAUGAGGAAGAUGAUCAGCAAUUACAUUAGGACAGUACAUGCAGCUUUGAAACUCAAAAACAUUACUGGUGUUCCAGAAGACUAUUAUCCAAGAUGAUGUUACUGGUCAGUUUGCAUAUUUAUCCUGGGAUCUGAUGUCUCAGUUGACCGCUACUUCCACCCAGUGGGUGGUUUUUCUGCUGCUAUUAACGGCUAAUGGGUUAUGUGCAUGAAACAUUGAUCACCAGUUAAUGGUUACAGCAGUUUACACCACCAGAUACAGGGUGGUGUUAGAAGUUCUACAAUAUUUCUCUCGGUGCAGGGAACCUGCAUGAUAUUUAAAAAAGCAGUUUGCCAUUAAAACAUGGCUGUUAGGAAAAAUAUAUUUGAGGUAUAAUUUCCCAAAAAAUAUUUUUUACUUAAUGCAUAAAAAGUUCAAAUUAAAAACAGCUUUGUUUCUCUUAGUUACAUUCAUUUUGGUAUGCAAAGAAACAAUAAACUUUAAAAAAAAAAAAAUAAUGUAGGAAGCCGGGGUUGAACUACAGUACCAGUAAACUUUGGCUAUGGAUAAAUGUUGGAAAGUGCAAUGCAACAACACCUGGAGGGCCACACUUAUCCAAACAAUGUAAUAUCUUCUAACAUACCUAGAAAUUGAGGCUCAUUUACUUAGGAGAAGUGAAGUGAAGAGAAGUUUUUUGGACAGAACUAUCACAUAAAUUGUAGCGGCUGCUAAUACCUUACAAUACAGUUUUGAACAGCUGUGGUUGGCUUUUUGUACAUUAUUUGGGGAAAAAUGUGAGCAGAUUGGGACAUUUGCUGGGAUUAUUCUGACUGUGCAAGAUGCUAGAUAUGAGUUCUAUGGUUUCUAGCGAUAUUAUACUUUCUGCUACCUUUCUGCCUGACUCAGGGCACCAUCAUGUGAAAACCCUGGGUCACGUCACUUUCAUUUAUAUUCAUGGAGUGAAUAAAUAUUUCCACAAUUACAAUGCUAGCAUCAAUGCUGGAAAUUGUUGCCACAUUAGAAAAAAAAUCAAAUUUCUAAAUUUCUGUAAAUGCAAUCUAUACAUUCUGUUCACAUGUGUUCCCUAUAUAUGUAUGGCUUUGAUUUUUCAAAGAUAAAUAGUGUAAGUCUCAUUUAAAUUCCCCUAACCGACAGUUAACGUGUGACCUGAUAUUUAUAAUGAAGGGUUGUGGUGACUGGGUGGAAGUGGAGCAAUGCCCACAUCAUCCCAGAUUCUGAAUUUCAUUUGUUUUUGGUGGUACAGUCCCCCAAACUUACUGGGCUUAAGAAAUAAUGAUGCUGCUCAUUUCUACAGGGGGGUUGUCCAGCAAUGCAACUUCUAGGCCUGUGUGUUUCUCCGUGGAAAAUCCAUUGUUUCACGGUCCUGGGAUGAUAUUUUUCAUGUCUGAUAUUGUAAAACAAUGCUGUAACCAGCAAUACAGUAUGUGCUGCCCCUAGUUUUUGUGUUUAAUAUUCUGUUAGGAAUAUGUUAAAACAUGUUAAAACUUGUUUUAAAGGUCUAAUUUCUGUUUUUUUAUUUUCAUUUUUUCCUAGAGCGUAUAUAAGAAGAAAACGUGCACUUAACUGCAAUUAGGCAAUUUUUUUUUGGAAAUUACAGAUAUAGGAUCCAUUUUCCAGAACCCCGUUAUCCAGAAAGCUCUG